AUGGCCCAGUUAUCAGCAUUCGUGGGCAGUCAAUCCCAGGACACUGGCUCUAAUGUUCACAAUUCCGGAUUGGACUCCAUAACCUUGGGUCAGCUCAAGGCUAUGGUCGGGUCUGUACCAAAGCCCAAGAAAACACGAUAUGAUUUCCGCUACGAUGAUGAAGACAUGGUCAUGAGCGAGAUAGACGAGUUCUACUCGUAUGUGGAGAUGCCUCAGGCUGGGGAGAAUCUCCGAGCAUGGGAAGGCUCUUUCGACGGAGAAUGGACGAAGAGCAGCUUGAAGCAGCGCACAUCAUAUGUCGAGGUUUUACUCGAAAGCUUGGAGCACCGUGAUCCUGUGGUUCGCUUCACGAACGCCCGUCGGCUAUUCUAUGUCUUGCAAGGUACAUUUGCUGAAAUAACAUCUGUGGAACAUCAACUACACUGGAUCAUUGAAAACGCGAAGUUGGUACGCUCCGUGAACGGAGUCAGCGCGAUUGUGGAAGCAAUGAAGAUCGCCAGCUCGAAAUACGACCUUCUUUGCGGCAUCCCUGAUACCGAUGUCGACCGCUACCAUCUAUCUGUAGACGAACGAUCGGACGUUAUGGAAGAGCUAACGACGGAGAUCCACGUUUACCUCGGACUGCUUUACCACAUCGUAGAAGUCCUGAAGGGAAAUGACGACUUCGCUGAUGAACUUAUGAGUUUGGACCCGCCUCUGCCGGUCUACUUGUUUAAUGUAGUAGCUGGCAUGCGUGACAAGAGUGCUAAGAAUUAUCCCAUCAAGAAACUCCUACUCUUACUGUGGAAAUCCAUGCUCGCAUGUUGUGGGGGAAUACGCGAACUUGCACGGGUUAAAGCCCUUACACGGGAACUAGACGGCCUCCCCUCAGGCCCUAUGGAAGGUAAGCAAAUGCCUAUCAAAUCGUCGCCAAUGGAUAUUGAAUCCUUUAGACAUGAAACAUCUGUUAAGUACCCGACAUUCACGCCCCCUCAAGCUCCAGCGUCCUCGGCCAAGCAUGCCAGCAAUCCAUCAAGUUCAAAGCUCGCGCAGGCAUAUUCGCCCAUACCGAUCCGCCAUCAUUAUCACACCGAUGACGCCGAAUCUCACAACACUAAUCAACCGUCAAACUCGCAGAACCCUUUCCACUAUCAACAGCCGCCGCACAAUCAAUACCGCUCGAACCCGCAACCAGCCACGCCGGCGCCCUCACCGCCUCCGUCUCCAAAGCCAAAGAAGCAACAGUUUCAUACUGACCCUAACCGACCAUUCUUGUUCCCCUUUUCACGGAGCCAAGUCGGACGUGAUGCGCGCCUCGUUCCGUUCGCCAUCGAGGAGGCGGACAGGCUAUACAACAAACACUUGUAUAUCAGCUUGUCGACACUGCAGAUGUGGCGGACGCGCGAGGACUGCAUGACGGCCGAAAGUGGACUGGACCACCUGCCGGGACACGAGGUCAAGCCAUCAACGACUUAUUCCGCCGAUGAUUCAGAUAAUGCCGAGCCCUUGCCCGAUAUAGCACAUAUUGAUGCUAAGAUCCUGGAGGCUACCAAGACAAUAAAUGAGGCUACGUCACAUUCUGAGAGGCAGAAGGCACGAGAGCAGAGAGAGGAUUUGGUGCGGCUGAAGCGGGUCGAACAGAUAUAUAGUGCAACCCUUACUACUACAUCAAGUUGGGUACAAGUCAUCAUGAAGCUGCUGCUAGCGACAGUAUCGGCAAGUCUUGGCACCCAACCUCCUCCGUCCACGACUUCUGCCAUGUUCCCUCCAGGCGUUGCGUCACCUGCCCAAGAGCAACCACCUCCACCUCCUCAGACGCUAGAAGAGAUUGACAUUACUCGGCACAGAGAAAUAACCUCGAAAGCGGUCUCAGCAAUUCUAUUGUUAACUCUGAAAUGGUACAAGGUUUCCCACGUCAUGAAGCACCAUUUCCUGGGCCAACAUCUGCUUGAGUUCAACUGCUUGCUGAUCUUGCUGAAGAUGUUCAGCAUACAGGAAGUCACUAACACGGUCGUACACAAGGCCGAUUCGCCGGAGAACAACUUUUUCCAGCAUUGCUUGUAUAAUUUCUCCAGAAACCCACCGUCUCUCGGGGCGGAACCGGUGCAACAGACGAGACCAUCCAUUCCUCGCAAUCUGGGCGACGAUGUCGAACUUCUGACUGAUUACUCAUGGAGAAAUCUCUUCACUGCGAUAAACUUUGCCAAAAUUAUGCAGAAGUUGUCUAAGCAUCGUUCUCACCGUAUUUGGAUGCUGUCGCAGCACAAGAGUUCCGCAGUAUUGAAGCGAAUAACGAGAGUCGCGCACCCGAUGCUGCAGCUUCAAGCAUUGAAGCUCAUCAAGAGUCAAGUUCCAUAUUGUGGUAGAAAAUGGCGAACAUCAAAUAUGAAGGUCAUCACCCAGAUCUACCUGAACUGCCGUCCAGAGCUUCGCGACGAAUGGCUGACGGGAAUGGAGCCAGAGGAUCAAAACGAAGCUCAGGCACAAGAACAAGCCCUUCGUCAUCUUCUGAAAUUCUACAACACCAGGCGCUAUGGCUCAUCAGGCGCUUCUAACCAUAGCGCGAUACAUAGAAGAACAGGUAGCGUAUCCCAUGGCGGCGAAGGGCUUCACUCCGGUUCGGACAUGUCUAGUUUCAUUAGACCGGCAGGCACUCCGAACGUAGUGGAUUCCGACGUAUUCCCCCCUCCACGAUCCCAUGCACCGAACACGUCAAUCUUCCUACCAUACAUCACAGAAGAUAUUGCCUUCGAGGAAGAAUACGAGGAGUAUCUCUCGGAUCUCGGUUGGACCAGCGAAGACGAUUCGGACCGCGCUCUCUUCGGGGGAACUUCCGCAUGGCACCGAUUACCUGCCUUUGCCUCCGAGAUAGCUGACGGCAUAAGUGACUCAGAGAGUAUAGCUUCAAUUGGUGACCUGGGGGACGAUGCCCGGCUCGAUCUGAGCAGAGAAGACCGGGAUAGCGUGGAUGAGAAUGUGAACAACUGGGAGCACAUGAGUCCGAAGACCAUGGCCGCGUUACCAAAGUCCCCCGCGGGAGGACGCCGCUCGAGCUCUGGGGGCGGACUUCGGCCUGUGCUCCCGUUCGGCCUUGAUGACGAGAAUGCGGUGGAUGACGAUGAUGAACCCGAGUUAGGGCCUGCUCCCCGAGAAUCCGACGGGCCAUUUGCGUCUGGAGCUGGCGUCGAUGAGGUGGAAUAUGCAUAUGGUGUAUAA